AAUGCAAUUAGUCCUUCAUCCAGUCGUUCCGAGGCGGUACGGCUAAACGGUUUGACCCAUGUACUUACGUCAAUUCAAUCGUCACGUCAUGUCAAAUGUUGAUAUGUUGUUUGUGGUAGAUAAUUUUUAUUCUUAAUACAUAUUGCUACGGCGUUUUAUUUACAAAACAAUGCCCAACAUUUCUUAUUUAUCUUGAAACCCAACAAACCAACCAACAAAAUGUCUGCGGAAUCCGAUAUGGAAUAUUCGGACAACGAAGGCGAUGAUUACGAUUACUACGGAGGACAAGAUGACUGUGAUAUGGAGACGGUAGAUCGCAGUAAAUCCGACCCAGAGUAUUUUUUAUAUUCAUGCUUAAAAGUAGAAGAAGUAGAAAAAUUGUUAAACGAAUCGAUUGAAUUGCUAAGCAAUAGCCUUCAAAUAACGCCUUCUCUCGCCAAGGUAAUGUUACACGCAUAUGAAUGGAAUGCUCAAGAAAUAAUAAAUAAUUAUAAGGAGAAUGCAAAUGAGGUCCUGGUAUACAGCCAUGUGAAGCCUGGAGUGUCCUCAGCCCAAGUCAGCACCAGCCUUACAGUAUGUGCUGUGUGUGCUAAUACUCCAAUGCUGCAUUACUACAGUGCUUUAGCUUGUGGACACUAUUUCUGUAAUGACUGCUGGGCUAUGCAUUUUGAAGUACAAAUUAUGCAGGGUGUCUCAAACACUAUUCAGUGUAUGGCUCAAGACUGUGAAGUCAGAGCUCCUGAAGAUUUUGUGCUAUCCCAUGUUCCAAAACCAGGUCUUCGGGAGCGGUAUCAGCAAUUUAUGUUUAAGGAUCAUGUAAAGUCACACCCUCAGCUUAGAUUUUGUCCCGGGCCUAAUUGUCAGUGGAUAUUCCAAGCGCGGACACGAGAAGGCGCACGUCGAGUUGAAUGCCGAGGCUGUGAGCUACUCACAUGCUUCUCUUGUGGCGCGCCUCAUCAUGCACCCACGGAUUGCGCCACUAUACGGCGUUGGCUUACUAAAUGCGCUGAUGACUCUGAGACUGCAAAUUAUAUAAGUGCUCAUACCAAGGAUUGCCCUAAGUGCCAGAUUUGUAUAGAGAAAAAUGGAGGCUGCAAUCACAUGCAGUGUGGGUCUUGCAGACAUGACUUUUGCUGGGUUUGCCUUGGCGACUGGAAAACUCAUGGCUCGGAAUAUUACGAAUGCAGCCGUUAUAAAGAAGACCCUAAUUUGGCAAAUGAUAGUCAACAUGCACAGGCACGGGAAGCUUUGAAAAAGUAUUUACAUUACUACGAAAGAUGGGAGAAUCAUGCAAGAUCAUUGAAAUUGGAAGAACAAACUUUGGCGAGCUUGAAGAGUCGGAUUAAUCAGAAGGUGAUGGCUGGUGAAGGAACUUGGAUUGAUUGGCAGUACCUCUGGGAUGCUGCAAGAUUACUGAAACGUUGUAGAUACACACUACAGUACACCUAUCCAUAUGCUUAUUAUAUGGAAGUUGGACCUCGAAAAGAGUUGUUCGAGUAUCAACAGGCCCAGUUGGAAGCAGAAAUUGAGAAUCUAUCUUGGAAAGUGGAAAGAGCAGAAACAACAGAUCGUGGGGAUUUAGAAAAUCAAAUGGAUAUUGCAGAAAAAAGACGGACAACACUAUUGAAAGACUUCCUAGAAUUCAACACCACUAGCGCCUCAAGUAGUAAAGUAUGAAGAAUCUCCGUUAAAUGCAUUUUAUUUUCAUAAUAACAUUACAGUGGUAAGCAAUACGAUUACUAUUCGUGAAAAAUAACAUAUUUGUAAAAGCUAGAUCUUUUGUUCUGCCAAAGUAUAUUUAUUAACGUGAAUUUGCAAUAAAAUAGGUGAUACGUAA